CCGAAUUUCUGGAGGAGCUUCCGGAUAUGGUGUUGCUUGCUUGCUUUGUACUUUUUGGUGUUUUUUUUUUUGUUCCCUGCGCGAUGGCUUUUUCCCUUCUGCGGGUCACACAGUCCUCACGACAGGGCAAGGGGUGUUGUGCACCUCAUCGGAUCUGAUGUUUGGAUCCGAGCGUGGACAUGCCAUUUCCGGCACCGAUGAUAUUUCGACUUCUUCUGCUUCUUGUCUAUGAUUUCUGGGCACGUACCAACGGGUUUUCUCUUUUUUAAUGGCUGGGGUCUGGGACUUCUUUCACGACUACCAACGACGAAACGACACUAUGAUGAGGACGGUCAACGACUAUCACGAUUACGAAUUAUUAACGACUCUGGGGGAGCUUUUGUUUUUGCGAUUUUUUUUUUGAGCUGGAGUGUGUAUAUCUCCUUACGGUACUUUGGGUGGUGGAGGGUUGGGGGUUUGGGUAUGGGGUGUUUGGGAACCGGCGGUCAGGCCUGGGGUUUGGGAUGGAGUUUUUGCUUUUCGGGGUCUAACUUUCUUACGGGUUUGGGUGGGGGGUCCGGGUGGGGGAGGGGUUUUCAUCAAAAGUUUUGGGUUGGCGAAGGGAUUUAUACGGGACUGUCUUGGGAUAAAGAUACAGGUUAUAGGGAUUAUUGGGGGGGGGUAUUUGGCAGGCAUUUUAGAGAGGAGGAUACGCCGAGUACAUCUUGUGGAGGAACUGGGAUCUUGGUGUACUCUAGAGAAGGAAUCAAUGGCUUGAAUCGAUUGAUCUGAUUGGGAAAGAAUUGGCGGUGUCCUUCGAGGAGCGUGCUGCAAGUCUUGCCUGUUGCUUGCAUACUUCAUCUUGCGUUCAUCUGUUUGUUCUCCCAUCCACCCGUCCAGGU